AUGGCUUUCUUGAGUGUGACGAACGACCUGCAGACCCCCAUCGAAGUGAGACAUCGGAGUGAGGACUGGGAGCUCGUCUAUCCAACGAUGUCCUGCGACGUCAGAGUGGCGGAUGAAGCGGUCGCUUCGGUCGAGAUUCGAUUGAUUGAAAGCCCGGAGGUGACGGGCAGCUGCCAGGCUGCCAGCGGCUCCUCGUUACGCGCCUCCGUGGACUUCGGUGCUUUCAGCCGGCAAGCGAAGGGCCGGGACCGAGCCGAGGCACGGGAGCUGGCCCGUGAAGCAAAGCGACGGGAGGAAGCCCGGAAGCGGACGGAAGCGAUGGUCAAGGAGGCCGCCGCCAAGAAACGGGACAAAAAGGCGUGGUCUUAUGUUGCAGCGAUGUCGAUUAUGGCUGGGCUCCCAUUUGCUCUCCUGGUAGUGUGCGUUUCGAUUCCACCCGAAAGCACCGUUGCAGCCGCACUUCUGGCCAGUGCCACUGUGCCUCUGUGCUGCUGCAUCAGCAUUUCUUCCUUCUUUGGGACUGGUCAGAACGAAGACGAACAGUUUAGAUAUGGAAAGUAUCACACCGUUCUCCGCCUUGGCCUUCGGUUGGUGGGCGUCCUGGCUUUGAUGUCUCUCGCAGCCAUGACGGCGCAGCACAUCCUGCGAGGUUAUUGGUGGACGGCAGCUAUCGUUUGGCCAGUGGCCAUUUGCGGUGGCGUAAUGUUCUGUGUUUGCUGCUUCGUCGAUGUCGAACUGGACGACGAGCAGAGGAAAACCCUCGAGAGAGAGCGCGAGGAAGCCCACGGCGAAGUCAGCAACCGCAGCAUCCGCUUCGAAGGAAGCGUUCUCCGUGAACCUGGCCGCCCCUGCGUGGCCAGCUGGCCUGGAAAGUACGAAGGAGCCUGGGAGUCCUUGGUGUCUCAGGGCCGACACGGCGAGGUCAGUGCAGCGGUGGUCUUCCUCCCGCAGGGCACGGAGGACUACGGCAAGUGCGACAGCAUCCCCGAAGCCGAAGGCUUGCCCGGUACCUGCUGGUGCAUACCCCUCUACGGGGAACAGAAGCCUUGGGGUUGUAGGUGGUUUACCAAAUGGAGGGAGAACAUCGAAACGGCCGUGGAAUCCGGAGCAGAGCUUGAGGUGUACUACUUCCAGAGGCAUGUGGGCAGAGGCAAAGUGGAGAGCUUCGAUUCUGCAGGCCAGGACAACCUCCGGAGAGAGAAGGUCAAUAAGAAGCAAAAAGAGUUCCAAGACUCUCCCCAGUUCGAGCAAGCGCUGGACGCAGGUCUCGGCAAUCUAUCCAAGGAGCCGCGUGGCGACGGAUCCUCCCAGUAUAGCCGAGAAGUGCGGCGUUUGUUCAUCGCGUCCCUCCCAGAAGUAGAGCGCGAGUUUAUCACAGCUUCAGAAGGCCUGGGUAACUCCCAAAAAGCAGAAGUGGCCUGGCUGGAAAAGAAGGGCUACGAGUACUGGGGGGUGGACGUCGCCACCUGGCUCCCGGGAGAAGGCGUUGAGAUCUGCGUCCCAGCAUGUGGCAGGCGCAUGAGCAUUUGCAUCAACGUCCCAGCGGCUGGAAACACGCCAGAUGCAGAAAGCCCGCCGGGCGAUGAGCCCACGUCGAACACCCUAGGUGCGAUACCUCCCCGUCCGCUCGAGCCAAAACCGCCAGAUGGUGACCUGGCGAGCCUGCCUGCGAGCAAAUCACCAGACCUACUGCAAGCCUUGAGGAGGCUGCACCGUUCGGAGAUCGAGGAGGAAGCCUCCGAUUCGGACAGUGACAUCGGGACCAUCCGACUGCACACCCGCUUGUGCUGGCAGGAAGAUGCGCAAGUCCGCACCACGCAUCGAAAGCUAGCUGGCGUGAGUAGCAUAGAAGCUGGAGCGCCGAGCGGCCUGACAGGCAUCAGCAGCAGCUUGCGAGAGUCCCGGCGGUGGGCCUGCAUGCUCCAUCCCAGUGGUACUUUCCGAGCGUUUUGGAACCUCAUGGUGACUGCCUUCGUGAUGUACGACUUGCUGGUCACUCCAUUGCUGGUUUUCAGUGUCCCAGAGUGGCUGUCGAAGUACCCGAUGUCGCUCGUGGUCCAGCUGUUUUGGAGUUCCGACUUCUUCUUGACAUUCUUCACCGGCUACUACCACAAGGGUUUCUUGAUCGUGCAGCGCUGUAAAGUUGCUCGCCAGUAUGCGAAGACCUGGAUGCUCUUUGAUCUGACUCUGAUCCUCAUCGACUGGAUUGUCGACAUUAUGUAUUUGCUGACCGAGGGCAGUGCCACAGAGCUUAGCCGUACAGUCCGAAUGUUUCGGCUUCUUCGCCUGGUUCGCGUCGCACGAGCCCUCAAGCUGCGACACCGGUUCACGGCAAUGCAGGACGUCAUCGACUCCCAAAGCGCCAGCUUGUACCUGAACUUUGCGGUGAGUCUUGGCCAACUUCUGAUGCUGGUCCACUGGGUAGCCUGUGGUUGGUUUGGGGUGACUUGGCUACAUGCCGAGAACUGGGUGGCAUCCAGCGAUCUGCAUCACCGGGAUUCGCUAUUCCAGUACCUGACCUGUGUGCUGUGGGCCUUUUGUCAACUGGGUGUGGGCGAGAGUCCCUGGCAGCCGACGAACACCUCCGAAAUGAUGCUGAACAGUGUCAUUGCCUUCACGGCCCUCAUCACCGCUGCCAUGCUCAUCAGCACCAUGGGUGGCCUCAUCGCAGGGCUGAGGAAACUGCGUGAGGACCAGCCUGUCACGCAGUUCUUGGAGCAUCAGUACAACGAGAGGCAGCAUGCCAGGUCGUCGCACAUGCAGGUGCCCUUGCUCGACCUUCUCUCUCGCCCCAUGAUGCAAGAGCUCCAGUUCGAGCGACAUCGACCUGCGCUCUGCAAAAUCGGUGCCAUCAAGGGAAUAUCAUCAACAGUCGUUUGGAGCAGAGUGGGACUGCUUCGCUCCAGGAUGGCUUUCGACAGCUUAGACCCCACUGUGGCAGCGGCUGGGGAUGUCAUUUUCGUCGGUGGGCACAGCGCAAACAUGUCGUACAUCAAGAUGAAUGGCCGCCUCAGCUACUUCAAGGAUUCGGGGGGGGGGGGGGGGGGGGAACGUGCAUGCGACAUACCCUCUGCUUCUGGUUUCUGGUGUCACUUUCCGUGUUGA